UCCCAGGGAUCUGCGCUCUUAACUCAUCCUCGACCACCGCCGCCGCCACUACCACCGCCACCGCCGCCUCUGGUGCUGCUGUUUCUAGCACUGCUGCAGUCAGUGGACAACAAAGGCAUUGAAGGCAACAAAAGGCAAACCCCACAACUAGCUACCUCAACACAAAGGGAGAGCCAGCUACGAUCUGGGGGACCCAGGAGGAGAAGGAGCAGGAGGAAGGUGGCCGGUCUCUGGGAGUUGCUAUUGCUGCUGCCGCUGCCACUGCUGGACCCAUUCUUGCACCAAGGGCUUGCUGGAGGGGCUUGUGAAAAGCAUCCUAGAAUCUUUAGCUCUCGGUUUCCUGUUCGGGGGCACUGGGUUUGGUCCCGGCACCAUCUCCACACUGGAGGGCCGGCUGGAUUAAUGCUCACUGUUGGAGAGGAAGGCUGAUACUUAUGCAUCUGCCGGCUAGAAAGCUAAGCUAGUCCCCCCCCCCCUCUUCCUUUCCUCUAACAGAGAGAAUAAAAAAAGGGGGGGGGUGUGUGUCUGGGGAGGGAGAGUUGGAAAGAAAUCACAUACACUGCCUCCCCCUGCCCGUCUUCCCCAACCCUAAGAGCACUCCAUGAGCUAACAACUGCAAUCAGCUGCCACUGGCCCAAGAGAGGUGCUCCGUGGGUGAGGAGCGUGCAGCUCCCCGAAGAGGAGGCUCACAAAGGGAAGUGGGAGUAUCAGCAGGAAGGAGUGUCUCCUAGGAAGCUUUGGGGGUUCCCCCCCUUUCUAUUUUCUCUGGGUGGCAACAGAAGGGGGCACAGUUGGGGGGGCAGAGGAACACUUUGGCAAUGAAGCUUCUUCACUGGCUGCUUGUGAGAGCUGGCGCCAGGGUCCAAGGACAAAGCUGGGAAGUGCUGGUGGCGCUGCUCUCUGGGGCGCAGGGGGGGGAUGCACCUGCAUAGCCCAGAGGGCCUCAUCUUUUUCUGGUUCUACUCAAUUCUGCUGCUUCGCCUGCUCCUGCUCUGGAUUUACUAGAAGCCAUUUUGUCUCCCCCACCCCUUCUUUCCCUUCUGCCCCCCCAACCCUGUCCCCUUUCCUUUCCCCUUCCCUUUGUUAAUUAAAACUAAGGAGUAAGAAUGGGAACAGUGUACCCAGCUCCUGUGGUGAAAGCUUAAGGACACAACGCCAAUUCCUCCCGAGGUAGGUGCCGGCGAGCUGGUCGGGGAUCGCUUUGGUAGGGGGCCAGAGGGUUAGUUUUGGGGUGGGGUGGGGAGAAGUGAGCAUUUUUCCAAACAGUGGGUAUAGGGGCAGAGGCGAUGGUGGAUGGGGGACCACAUUUUAGUCUGGCAUUUUUCCUGGCCGGAUCUGCUCUGUCUCUCUGACUGCUCCCUCCCCACCUCCUUCUCCAGAUGGAAAGAGGAGCUUCUAGCUCACUUAAGCCGGGGUAGGGCCGGUUUUCCUUUCCGAGCCAAAAUCCCAGGCGAUGGUGAAUUAUGAACGUGCCACAUCAUGAAGCUCUUGUGGCAGGUAACUGUGUACCACACCUGGAAUGCCAUCCUGCUCCCCAUCGUCUACCUCACAGCGCAAGUGUGGAUUCUGUGUGUAGCCAUUGCUGCUGCCGCUGCCGCCUCCGCUGGGCCCCAGAACUGCCCCUCCGUCUGCUCGUGCAGUAACCAGUUCAGUAAGGUGGUGUGCACACGGCGUGGCCUGUCUGAGGUCCCCCAGGGCAUCCCUUCUAAUACCAGGUACCUCAACCUCAUGGAAAAUAACAUCCAGAUGAUCCAGGCUGACACCUUCCGGCACCUUCAUCAUUUGGAGGUCCUUCAGCUAGGCAGGAACUCUAUCCGGCAAAUUGAGGUGGGGGCUUUCAAUGGCCUGGCCAGCCUCAACACCCUGGAGCUAUUUGACAAUUGGCUGACUGUCAUCCCUAGUGGGGCCUUUGAGUAUCUGUCUAAGCUUCGGGAGCUCUGGCUUCGAAAUAACCCCAUAGAAAGUAUUCCCUCUUAUGCCUUUAACCGGGUGCCCUCCCUCAUGCGCCUGGACUUGGGGGAACUUAAGAAGCUGGAAUAUAUUUCUGAGGGGGCUUUUGAGGGACUGUUCAACCUCAAAUACUUGAACUUGGGCAUGUGUAACAUCAAGGACAUGCCUAAUCUCACACCCCUAGUGGGACUGGAGGAGCUUGAGAUGUCUGGGAACCAUUUCCCUGAGAUCAGGCCUGGCUCUUUCCGAGGCUUGAGCUCCCUUAAGAAAUUGUGGGUCAUGAACUCGCAGGUCAGUCUGAUUGAACGUAAUGCGUUCGAUGGGCUGGCCUCAUUGGUGGAACUCAACUUGGCCCACAACAACCUCUCCUCCUUGCCCCAUGACCUGUUCACUCCACUGAGGUACCUGGUGGAGCUGCACUUACACCACAACCCCUGGAACUGUGAUUGUGACAUCCUGUGGCUAGCCUGGUGGUUGCGAGAGUACAUUCCUACCAAUUCCACCUGCUGUGGCCGCUGCCAUGCCCCUCUGCACAUGCGCGGCCGCUACCUCGUGGAGGUCGAUCAGGCUUCUUUCCAGUGUUCUGCACCCUUCAUCAUGGAUGCACCCCGGGACCUCAACAUUUCUGAGGGUCGGAUAGCAGAGCUCAAGUGUCGGACUCCCCCUAUGUCCUCUGUGAGGUGGUUGCUGCCCAAUGGGACAGUGCUCAGCCAUGCCUCUCACCAUCCCCGGAUCUCUGUCCUCAAUGAUGGCACCCUGAACUUCUCUCAUGUGCUGCUCACAGACACAGGGGUAUACACAUGCAUGGUGACCAAUGUGGCAGGCAACUCUAAUGCCUCGGCCUACCUCAACGUGAGCACGGCUGAGCUCAACACCUCUAACUACAGCUUCUUUACCACAGUCACAGUGGAGACAACUGAGAUCUCUCCUGAGGAUACCACCCGCAAGUACAAGCCUGUGCCCACUACAUCUACUGGCUACCAGCCAGCUUAUACCACCUCUACCACAGUGCUCAUCCAGACCACCCGUGUGCCCAAAGUGGCAGUGACCACGGCAGACACCAACGACAAGAUGCAGACCAGCCUGGAUGAGGUCAUGAAGACCACCAAGAUCAUCAUCGGCUGCUUUGUGGCAGUUACCCUGCUAGCUGCUGCCAUGUUGAUUGUCUUCUAUAAACUUCGUAAGAGGCACCAGCAGCGCAGUACAGUAUCAGCCGCCCGGACAGUUGAAAUCAUCCAAGUAGAUGAAGACAUCCCAGCAACCACAGCAGCAGCGGCUCCUUCCAGUGUAUCAGGUGAGGGGGCAGUAGUGUUGCCCACAAUUCAUGACCAUAUUAACUACAACACCUACAAACCAGCACAUGGGGCCCACUGGACAGAAAACAGCCUGGGGAACUCUCUGCACCCCACAGUCACCACUAUCUCUGAACCUUAUAUAAUUCAGACUCACACCAAGGACAAGGUACAGGAAACUCAAAUAUGACUUUCCCUACCCUCCAAAAAAUUAUAAAAUGCAAUAGAAUGCACAAAAAAAAGACAGCAACUUUUGUACAGAGUGGGGAAAGACUUUUUUUUCUUGUAUAUGCUUAUAUAUUAAAUCUAUGGGCUGAUAAGAGAAAGAUUAUAUUAAAAUUUAAACAGAGAAACAAAAUCAAAACAAAAA